UCACUACUUGCACAACUGCACAACUUGGAACGGCCACAAAGUUAAACAUCCGCGCGCUGGAUUAAAUCGUUCAGGAAGGCCUUUGGUGACGUGCCAGGGUUGCACACUAGCAGCCUCUCGGAUCUCAAUAUAAAGGUUGCUUCGUCGAUUGCUUUAUCAAAUGCCAUUGAGCUUUCGACAAAGCAUCCUUUAUAUUGGAUUGAAAGUCUUUGAUUGAUGCACCCUUGGUCAUUGACUGUACAAUUCUUUUUCUUUCUUCUCGUGCACGUAUUAAACUAGAUCUGUUUCGAUGGAUGGCAUGAUGUUGCUUAGAACACUACCUCAGCACUACUAGAUAUGCCAGCUAUCAGACAGGUCCAGGACGCGACCCCAAGCAUGCAGCUAACACUUCCUGGCAACUCGCAAGCGGGGUCAGUUCAAUCACCUGCAACGACGCAGACUUCUAAUACCACGUCUACGUCAUGCUCAGCAGCUCUCCUGGCCAAUCUCAGAUCCCGAGAAGGUGGAACUAUCAAAAAACUGCAGCCUAAGCGCCGACUCAAGCCUGAGGGACCUUCAAUACCCGAGCACAUAAAGAACCGCGACCUGCAAUGGUUCAAAGCACAACUUGAAAAGAAAGCAGCUGCUUGUGAUCCGAAGAUUUCGAGUCCUAUGGUGGAUCUAACUGCUCAACCUGGUACGCCUGUAUUAUUGAAUAAUGUAGCAGGAACCCCUGUCGCAGAGAAAUCGAAGCCGUUUGGCAUGCCAGGGGGGAUGUAUCCGAGACCGCCACCCAGUGGAAUGAUGACAACCAACCAACCUACAGCUACAGGAAUCAUUCAUCAUUCGAGUACUCUUGUCUGGGCCCCAGCUUCUGUAGACGUCAAGCAGCCUAACGAAGGAAAAGGCGAAUGUCAUUCAUAUCAAGUUACUGCUCCGCAGGCCAACUUCCCAAGAUUUGGAGGGGACAUGGCUGUGAUGGUAUAUCGGCAAGGACUUAAAUCAGCUCUUGGGACCCUUACCAUCACUUUCAACUUCGAAUAUUCACAUUAUUACCACAUAGCCCGUUGGGUGACGUCGAAGCGUAGUCCUCAGUCCUCGCUAACCUCAGAUUUGGAAGAAAGCGUCUGUAUAUCGCUCGCUUGCUAUCAUCUCCCAAGUCUCCCAUCCAAUCCACUAAAAGGUGACGAAUCUGCGUCACGCUUUGAGAUACUGAAGUACUCGCAAUGUUCGUGGCCCACAUCUGGGGACCUCUCACUAAAGACGAAGCGGGACGGGAAGGAUAUUUUCAUUCCGCUAGCUCCACCAAUUUUCGUUACUCCAGACAAUUGCGUCGAUAUCUCUGCUUUUAUCAGAAAUGGAGAAAAUUCAUUCUCAAUGGUCCAACAGAAGGACAUGUCAAAUUAUUUGUUUGUAUUCCACGCCCACCAUCCUACGCCGGAGCAACUUAGUUAUCUCGCUUCGUGCAGUCGUGUGCGCGAGGAGUGGACGAAGAGCAUAAGUGACCUUUGCAAGUUUGAGCCGAAGGAAUCGCUAUGGGGGGAAUGAUUGUUUUCAGAAGUUGUGACUUGCGUCCGUAAAGUACGGAUCACAAAUCUCAACCGCAAUGCCGCGGUACGAACGUAACCGUGACUGUAGUAGACCAAUAAUUAGUAUUUUCGUAAUGAGAGGGAGGAUAUGUCGUACUUGUAUACUGUAGAGAUGC